AUGUGCUGCCCCUACCUUAUUAUUACCAUCACCAUCGCCAGCAGCAGCAAGCAGCAGCAGGAGGAGCAGCAGCAACAGCAGCAGCAGCAGCAGGAGCAGCAGCAGCAGGAGCACCGCCACCACCACCACCACCAGCACCACCACCACCUGCAGCACCACCACCACCAGCAGCAGCAGCGCCACCACCACCACCAGCAGCACCAGCAGCAGCAGCGCCACCACCACCACCAGCAGCACCAGCAGCAGCAGCAGCAGCAGCAGCAGCAGUUUGGAAAUAUUAAGGGCCUGCAGCAGCAGCAGCAGCAGCAGCAGCAACAGCAGCAGCAGCAGCAGCAGCAGCAACCGCAGCUCAAGGGCUUUCAACUCUCCCCUUCUCUUGCUGCAGCAGCAGCAGCACGAAACGCUGCUGCUGCAGCCAACUGCAGCACAGCAGCAAACCCGAGCUGCUCUCUCCUCACACUCGCGGGGCCCUGCAGCAGCAGAAGCAGCAGCAACUGCAGCAGCAACAGCAGCAGCAACAAACGCAGCAACAACACAGCAAGCGACACCAAGACAUCCAGCAGCAGGAGAUGCAGCAGCAACAACCCCACCAAAAGCAGCAGCAGCACCACCACCACCACCAACAGCAUCAUCACCAGCAGCAGCAGCCGAUGCAGCAGCAGCAGCAGCAGCAGCAGCAGAAGAAGAGCAGCAACGACUAGCAGCAGCGGCAGCAGCAACAGCAGCAGCAACAGCAGCAGCAGCAGCAGCAGCAGCAGCAGCAGCAGCAGCAGCAGGGCUUUCAACUCUCCCCUUCUCUUGCUGCUGCAGCAGCAGCACGAAACGCUGCUGCUGCAGCCAACAGCAGCACAGCAGCAACCCCGAGCUGCUUUCUCCUCACACUCGCGGGGCCCUGCAGCAGCAGAAGCAGCAGCAGCAGCAGCAGCAACAGCAGCAGCAACAAACGCAGCAGCAACACAGCAAGCGACGCCAAGACAGACAGCAGCAGCAGAUGCAGCAGCAACAACCCCACCAAAAGCAGCAGCAGCAGCACCACCACCACCAACAGCAUCAUCACCAGCAGCAGCAGCCGAUGCAGCAGCAGCAGCAGCAGCAGCAGCAGCAGCAGAAGAAGAGCAGCAGCGACUAGCAGCAGCACGUGCAGCAGCAGAAGCAGAGAGACUAUGGCGUAUCCUCGCCCCGGAGAAAUAUAUGAGUGUAUUGUCUCCUUCUUUUUUUAUUUUGUUUGUUUCUGUUUUAGCUUUACAUUUAUAUAAUAAUAAUAAAGAGCAGCAGCAGGCGCAGCAGGGAGAUAUUGUUAGUGCUGCUGAACAAAGACAAAGGCUGCUUGCUGCUGCUGCCAGACAGAGAAGGCUGCAGCAGCAGCAGCAGCAGCAGCAGCAGCAGCAGCAGCAGGAGCAGCAGCAAGGAGAUAUACACACACAACUCCAACAGAGAAGGCUGCAGCAGCAGCAGCAGCAGCAGCAGGAGGAGGAGGAGCAGCAGCAGCAGCAGCAGCAGCAGCAAGGAGAUAUACACACACAACUUCAGUAA